AAUAUGAUUUAAUGUUCAUGUAAUAAAACACGUAUAUGCGCAUUAUUUGUUUAUCUUGUAUAUAAAUGUUCGUAAUACGUUAUCUGUAUCCUAACUACUCUCGUUAAUUCUGAGAAAACCUAUCGAUCCUUAUCCUUAACAUUUACUAUAUAAAACCCAUCGUUACUUUAGAUAUAAAUUAGUUUAACAUGAAUCUUUGUUUCAUUACGUUGAAACACGUAUUAAUUCUCGUUUAGAGAAGCAGAGGGUCAGCUCAAAUUGUAUUUUGAAAGACAGAAACAGACUAAAGGAAUACAUAUAGCGUCGUAUCCUGAAGUGAUACAGACUAAAGGAAUACAUAUAGCGUCGUAUCCUGAAGAGAUACAGACUGAGGUAUUAUUAAUCGGACAAGGCGAGGUUCGAGAGUGAGUUGUAUCUGUACAAUAAACAUAAAGGAAUUCAUAGAACGUCGUAUCCGGGUUGAUACAGACUGAAGUAUUAUUGUAGAACAUUGAGUUCUAGAGCGAGUUGUAUCUGUACUAUACACAUAAAGGAAUAUAUAUACCAUUGUAUAAGGGUUGAUACAGACUGAAGUAUUAUUGUAGAACAUUGGGUCCUAGAGCAAUUUGUAUCUAUACGAUACAUAUUGAGAAUAUAGAAGGUUAAACCUCGAUUGGUACAGGCUUAAGAGAACUUGUUGGAGUAAGGCAUUUGCUACAUUCAUUAUUUUCAGGAUUAAUUAUUAUUUUUUUCUAGUUUUUUUUCUAUAGACAAUGCUUCUUCCUGGGUCAAGAUAUCCAGACUUUCAAGCUACCGGGGUUUAUCUAGGAGGAGAGGUCGUCAUUAACUCUCAAGAUUAUCUCAGAAAGGCUAGGGUGAUACCACGGCAUAGAAAGCAUCAGAAAGUAUUAUCUUCCUACUAUCGAGGAUUUAAGGAGGGAUAUUUGUCCAUCAUUUUCUAUCCUGCUAAUUUUACUCUGUCAGCACAACAGAAUUUGCUUGAACUGUCUGACAACCUAGAAGAGUUCUAUGGACGAGAAUGCAGAAUUUUAGCAUGUAGUCAAGAAUCCAUCUAUAGUACUGUUCAAUGGAUGAGCACAGACAGAACAAGUGGUGGGAUUGCAAACUUGAGGUUCCCAGUUAUUUGUGAUAAACUUGGAGAUAUAUGCAGAGGAUUUAAUGUUAUUGACCAAAACAGCGGCUUUUUACUACCUGCCCUUUUUAUACUGGACACACUUGGGCUGGUCAGACAUGUUUCUUUAUAUCAGGAACCAGUUUCAAUUUGUUCAUAUGAACUGCUAAGAGUACUUGAUGUCCUAAAUAAUAUUGAUUCAAUGGGAGAAGAAGGCUUUCCAGAGCUGCAAUUACAAUACUCAAACUGUUCAAGUAAAGGAAACUCAGUACGGACGGAUAUCAUCAUGAAGUAUUUUAAAUGUGAAAAUAAUACUGAAGAAAUCACUGAAAACUUUGCAGAUAUGUUUGAAAAGAGUUCUCAAACAGAAGAAAAAUGUUUCAAAGAAAUCAGCAUUCAGUGUGACUUGUUAUCUUUAGAAUUUUCUGAGAGCAGGGAAAAGGAAGUUAGUGAAACAGUUUGUAUUCAAAUUGUUGAUGAUAUUAUUGAAAAAGUGUAUAAGCAAACUUACAAUCAUGAUGAAGAACUAGAAACUUUGGUAAAACAAUCAGUUCAUAGCGACCACAAUAAGAUGAUAAAUGAGAAAGAGUACCAAAUAGAGAACGAAAUUAAAACCACAACAGAAAACAGCCAAUUAGCAUCCAGGCCGCCAAGAUCCAAGAAGAAUGAAGAUGCAAAUGAUCCUAAAUCGCUGAAAAGAUUCUCGGCUAUUAAUAUACCAAUCCAACAAGAAGUCAAUGUUUGCACCUCAAAAGAUUUAAAGAAAAUAUCAAUGAAUGAAGAUGCUUGUCCAACUAAAUCCGAAGAAAGGUCAAAGUCCUCCAGUGCUUUUAAACCAGAUGAUCAUCAAGGAGAAAAGAAAGAUGACAAACAAAAGACAUUAUCCAAACCUAAUAACAGAUCAAUAUCUAAUUCUAAACCUAGUGAUAAAAAUCAUAAUUGCCAAACAUCUUAACAAUUGUUUAUUUAAAAACAUUUAUGAAUAUUAUUAAGACAUAUUUAAUUAAAACCAAUAAAAGAAUAGAUGUUUUUUUGGUGAACUAUAGCUUACAAUUGUUAUCAUUAACAUUUUACAUUCACUGAGCUGGGAACUUUAGAAUGGUGGAUAUC